AUGGGAAACACCGUCAUCAUCAUGAUUGUCUGUGUGGAUAAACGUCUGCAGUCCCCCAUGUAUUUCUUCCUCGGCCACCUGUCUGCCCUGGAGAUCCUGGUCACAACCAUAAUCGUCCCCGGGAUGCUUCUGGGAUUGCUGCUCCCUGGGACGCAAACAGUAUCUUUGUCUGCCUGUGUUGUCCAGCUCUUCCCAUACCUUUAUAUGGGGACAUUACUUGGAGCAAUGGCUGUGGACUGUUAUAUUGCUGUGUGUAACCCUUUGAGUUGCAACAUCAUUAUGAACAGACACACCUGCAACUUUGUGGUUCUUGUGUCAUGGGUGUUUGGGUUUCUUUUUCAAAUCUGGCCAGUCUACGUCACGCUUCAGCUUACUUACUACAAAUCAAAUGUAGUGAACAAUUUUUUCUGUGACCGAGGGCAAUUGUUCAAACUAUCCUGCAAUAAUACUCUUUCCACGGAGUUUAUCCUCUUUUUAAUGGCUGUUUUUGUUCUCUUUGCUUCUUUGAUCCCUACAAUUGUCUCGUACUUCUACAUCAUCUCCACCAUUCUCAAGAUCCCGUCAGCCUCUGGCCGGAGGAAAUCCUUCUCCACUUGUGCCUCCCACUUCACCUGUGUUGUGAUCGGCUACAGCAGCUGCUUGUUUCUCUACUUGAAACCCAAGCAAAUGCAGGCAGCUGAUUACAAUCGGGUAGUUUCCUUGAUGGUUUCAGUAGUAACUCCUUUCCUCAAUCAUUUCAUCUUCACCCUCCGGAAUGAUAAAGUCAUAGAGGCCCUUCGGGAUGGCGUGAAAUGCUGCUGUCAACUAUUCAGGAAUUAGCCUUGCUCUGAGACAUUUUACAUGAUGAAGCACUUAGUAUGGAUUCUAGAAUAAUCUGAAAAGAACUUGCUCAUCUUUGAACUGCAUCAUAAUUAUUACCAUUAUCAAAUAAUUAGUGUGCAACAAAAGACUUCUAAGUUACAGCUAUGGUUUUUAAUAUGGUUAGUUGUUACUUGAAACUCAGUUUAUUGUUUUUAAGACAUGUCUUGCUAUCUAGCUAUCUAUCAUCUGCCUUUCUUAAGAUAUAAUGAUUUCACAAUUAAACUUUGAAAAAUUAAAUGUCAGAGGUAGACUAUCUAUGUAGUCUAGAAAGUUGACUAGUGGUUGCUUAGGGCUGAGGGGAAUGCAGACAUAGGGUAGUGAUAGCUAAGGGGUACAGGCUUUCUUUUUGAGAUGAUGGCUGUAAAUAUCUACGAAUAUACCAAACACCAUUGAGCUGUACAUUUUCAAUGAGUUAAUUUUAUGGAAUGUGAAUUAUAUUUCAAUAAAGCUAUUGAAAAUAGUAUAUUAGAUGGUGAAGAAGUAUUGUGAAGAAAAGUGAAACAGGAAUGAAAGGGAAUAUCUCUUGCUGGAGUGUUGAAAUUUCAAAUAAGAUUUUCAGGGAAGGAUUGAGAGAGGUAAGAUGGUGAUACAUUCGGAAACUUGUUAAAGAACAUUCCAGGCAUAGUGAG